UUUACAGCGCCAUGCGAUCAAACAACCGCCAACGCGUGAGGAACAGCGUCCACAUCUGAGAAACAAGGACAGACGCCUGGCAUCACUGGGCAACUCGAUCUGGAGGCACACCUGAGUAUACUCCAAAGAUCUCAUUAGUCUGUGAUGAGCAUCGUCAUCCAGCACAGACCCAAGACAGCGCUACGUAUCCUCUAAGAGGAAGUGAUGUCACGACACCAUCACCGCUUUGAGAGAGACUAUCGAGGCCCCUGGGACCGUCGCGAGCGAGCCGGCGGCCUUCACAAUGGCGUUGGCAACAACACCUGCUCCUCAGCACCGCCCGUGGCCAACGGCAACAACCGUCCGGGACUCCUCCCGCUCCCGGUCAUCCCGUCCCUCCUUCCCACCCCCGUGACCAUCGCCGUGACGUCGGCCAGCAACGACCUCGCCGCCAAGCGCUCGGGAGCGUCUGCGUCCGCCACGGCACCUGUUGUGAAGGCGGCGGGUCUUUCUCCCGGUGAGACGCAGCCUCCGAGUCUCCUGUUGGCUCCUGGAGUGAGAUGGGGCCAGACCCCCAUCAACCAGUCCACUCCGUGGGAGACCGACGAGCCUCCCACCAAGCAGCACAGAGAGAGCGACACCACAGGGCCCCCAUGGGUGCCUCCAGGGGUGGCGGCCAGUCAGCCCAGCCUACUGGCCCAUUCGUAUGGGAUGCCUCAGCCGCCCACCUAUAGCCAAGGAGUGUCCGUCCAGUCUCCCAUCAUCGGCGUGACCCCAGCCAUCCAGACGCCCAUCCCACCGCACCAUCCACUCAUGACCGCCCACUUCCAGCUUCCUCCCCUCUCCUCCCAAGUGCCAGGUAGCCUGGUCCUAAACCUACAGAACCAGUCACCCUACGCCACCAGCCAGCCGCCAAUCACCCCGUUGCCCCUGACGACGGCCGGCCAGGUAGUUCACCCCGCCCCUCAGAGCAUGGUGGGAAACGGUCACAUGACACACCCGCUCAUACAGCCACCUGCUUUGCCUUCCGCCGAGCUGCCGCUAACGAACGGGCAGGCGACGACUCAGCCGGCAUCAGCCAAUCAGGAAAGUCCGAACAGGCUUCAGAUGCUCCGUACGGUCGGAAUGGGGAAGUACGAGUUCACAGACCCGAGUCAUCCGAAAGAGAUGUUGAAGGAUUUGAACCAGCAGCGCAGAGAGAAAGAGUUUACAGACCUGAAAAUUAUAGUUGAAGGCAAAGAGUUUGAAGUCCACCAAAAUGUUCUAGCUUCCUGCAGCUUGUAUUUCAAGGACCUGGUGAAAAGGUCGUCGAGAGAGAUGGGCAGUGGAGAGAAGCUGGAGCUGAAGAUGACUAACAUCGGUGCAGAUGUGCUGGAGCUGCUGCUGGAGUUUGUCUACACCGGCUCGCUGGUCAUCCACUCGGCCAACGCCAAAACCCUACUGGAGGCCGCCAACAAGUUUCAGUUCAACACCUUCUGCAAAGUCUGCGUGUCUUUCUUAGGUGCGUAACUCAUAAGAUCCCAGCGUCCAUCAGAUGGAGUCAUGUA